AUGAACAAUCCAGGAGGCGCCUUCGAGGCUGAUCAAAGGCCUUUCGGGGGGGCCCCAGGAGGUCCUGAGGCCUCCCUCAAUGCUUUGAUUCAGCAGACUAAGAGACUGACUCUUGCCCCCAACGUGCAGAAAGACGAGCCAGUGACCAGAGACGAAGGCAUCAGAACUUCAGCGUUCUCUGGGGGCCCCCCGGCCGGCGAGAGUGCGUUGGGGCGUCGGGGGGCCCCCGCCCGGGGGCCCCCCUCGCGGGGGCCCCCCGGGGCCCCCGGAGUUCGCCGGAAGCGGCUGUUUGCCUCGCAUGCAUCGCUGAGCCGCGCGGGCAGCUGCGGGCCAGGGACCCGGAAGACAAACCAAGAUGCAUGCAGAGUGGUGGAGGGCUGGGGGCCCCAAGAAGACGCGCUGUGGGUCUCAGUGCUGGACGGCCACGGGCCCUCCGGGCACUUGGUCUCGGGCUUUGUGAAUCGCAGGCUGCCCCGGCUCGUGGGCGAGAGCUGGGGGCCCCAGGGGGGCCUCCAAAAGGCCCUUUUUGCGGGCUACUUGGCCGCCAACGAAGAGUUGAAAAAAGGCAAUAUUGACAUUUUCUGCAGCGGGACCACCUGCGUGGCCUGCGUGCUGCAAGAACGCACUCUUUACGUGGCCAACGUCGGGGACAGCAGGGCCAUUCUCGGGAGGGGCCCCUCCCCCGAGGGCCCCUGGACUGCAGUGCCCCUCACUACAGACCACAAGCCCGAGUUGGAGACAGAGCGAAAACGCAUUCUCGCAGCUGGCGGCCGAAUCGCCCCCCUCCAGGAGGAGGACGGCUCCCCCUGUGGGCCCCUCAGGGUGUGGCUGCCGACGGACGACGUGCCGGGGCUGGCCAUGUCGCGCUCGCUGGGAGACUCUUUGGCUGCGAACGUGGGCGUGGUGGCGCAGCCGGAAGUGGGGACUUUUAGCUUGCGAGAAGGAGACAGAUGUUUGCUGCUGGCCAGCGACGGAGUUUGGGAGUUUCUCUCCAACGAAGAAGCCCUCAAGACUGUCAAGCCUUUUGUCCUCAAAGGAGACCCUGCGGGGGGCUGCACUGCCCUCGUCAACAAGGCCCGCAAGAAGUGGGAGGAGGAAGACGGAGCCAUCGACGACAUCACCGCCCUCCUCGUGGUCUUCUGA